AUGGCGGUACAAGGAGGAGCUGCCUGGCUCCGCGGCUGCCCUUUGGCUGCAGGACCCCUGCUCUGCCGGCAGCCCCCUCCCUCCUCUCCGCGCUUGAGGACUCGCUUGCUAAUUAAACAGAGCUGUGCUAAUCGCCGCAUCCGAGCUCGGCGUCGGCGCAUCCACGAGAGGCCGUGGCUGACCCCAGGCCGGGGGGGCUGGCGGCGGGGGCAGGCUGGGAAAUGGCGGCAGAGCCCGCCGCCCCCCGGCCCCCGCGCGCGGGGCCAUGUUGGGCGCGCGCCGCCAUUCCGGGUGGGCCGGGCGAUCGACCGCAGAUUUGGCCGCAUCGGCCGCCUGGUCACCCGGGCCGCCGUCCUCUCCGGCAAGGUCCAAGUGGUGGCCAUCAACGAUCCCUUCAUUGAUCUGAACUACAUGGUUUACAUGUUCAAGUAUGACUCUACUCACGGUCACUUCCGCGGAACCGUCAAGGCUGAGAAUGGGAAACUCGUGAUUAACGGCAAUGCUAUCACCAUCUUCCAGGAGCGUGACCCCAGCAACAUCAAGUGGGCGGAUGCUGGUGCCGAAUACGUUGUGGAGUCCACCGGUGUCUUCACCACCAUGGAGAAGGCCGGGGCUCACCUGAAGGGUGGUGCUAAGCGUGUUAUCAUCUCUGCCCCCUCAGCUGAUGCUCCCAUGUUUGUGAUGGGUGUCAACCAUGAGAAGUAUGACAAGUCUCUGAAAAUUGUCAGCAAUGCCUCUUGCACUACUAACUGCCUGGCGCCCUUGGCCAAGGUCAUCCAUGACAACUUUGGCAUCGUCGAGGGUCUUAUGACCACUGUCCAUGCCAUCACAGCCACACAGAAGACAGUGGACGGGCCCUCUGGGAAGCUGUGGAGGGAUGGCAGAGGUGCUGCCCAGAACAUUAUCCCAGCAUCUACUGGGGCUGCUAAGGCUGUGGGAAAAGUCAUCCCUGAGCUCAAUGGGAAACUUACUGGAAUGGCUUUCCGUGUGCCAACCCCCAAUGUCUCUGUUGUGGACCUGACCUGCCGUCUGGAAAAACCAGCCAAGUACGAUGACAUUAAGAGGGUAGUGAAGGCUGCCGCUGAUGGGCCCCUGAAGGGCAUCCUGGCGUACACAGAGGACCAGGUUGUCUCCUGUGACUUCAAUGGUGACAGCCAUUCCUCCACCUUUGAUGCGGGUGCUGGCAUCGCACUGAAUGACCAUUUUGUCAAGCUGGUUUCCUGGUACGAUAACGAGUAUGGAUACAGCAACCGUGUUGUGGACUUGAUGGUCCACAUGGCAUCCAAGGAGUGAGCCGAGCACACAGCCCCCCUGCUGCCUAGGGAAGCAGGACUCUCCUUCGUCGGAGCCCCUGCCCUUCUUCACCACCGCUUAGCUCUGCAUCCUGCAGUGAGAGGCCAGUUCUGUUCCCUUGUCUCCCCCACUCCUCCAACUUCUCCCCGAGCCUGGGGGAGGUGGAGAGGCUGAUAGAAACUGAUCUGUUUGUGUACCACCUUACAUCAAUAAAAGUGAUCACCAUCUGAAA